AUGCUCAAAACACUAGUUCCCCGAGCUGGCCGAUCGCUUCUGUCAACAAGAGCUCCGCAGUUUGGCCCAGCUAACAUACGGACUGCUCCAUCCUUCCACAUAGUCUCACAAAACCAGCAACGGAGAAGGAGUUAUGCCUCAGAGGCUGGUGACUACGACAUUGUUUUCAUCGGCGGAGGUGUUGCAGGAUACGUCGGUGCCAUAAAAGCAGGACAGGAAGGCAUGAAGACAGCAUGUAUUGAGAAAAGAGGAUCUCUCGGUGGUACAUGUUUGAAUGUCGGCUGCAUACCCUCCAAGUCUCUCCUGAACAAUUCACACAUCUACCAUCAAAUAUUACACGACACGAAAAAGCGAGGGAUUGACGUCGGCGAUGUCAAACUCAACCUUCAGCAAAUGAUGAAGGCCAAAGACGAAUCUGUCACCGGACUGACGAAAGGUAUCGAGUUUUUGUUCAAGAAAAACAACGUCGACUAUAUCAAAGGAACGGGAUCAUUUGUCGAUGAAAACACAGUUAAAGUCAAUCUCUUAGAUGGAGGCGAGCAGGAUGUCAAGGGCAAAAAUAUUGUCAUCGCAACCGGCAGCGAGACAACGCCCUUCCCAGGCCUUGAGAUCGAUGAGAAAAAGGUUGUCACGAGCACGGGCGCACUUGCUUUGACUGAGGUGCCCAAGAAAAUGGUCGUCAUUGGUGGUGGGAUCAUCGGCCUCGAGAUGGCAUCGGUAUGGUCACGACUUGGCGCGGAGGUCACGGUUGUUGAAUUCCUCGGCCAGAUCGGCGGACCCGGAAUGGACGCCGAAAUUGCCAAACAAGCACAAAAAAUCCUAGGGAAACAAGGAAUCAAGUUCAAGCUCAACACCAAAGUCACCAAGGGUGACCCAAGCGGCGAUCUAGUGAAACUCGACAUCGAAGCUGCCAAAGGAGGCAAGAACGAAUCUCUGGACGCCGAUGUGGUCCUGGUCGCCAUCGGCCGACGUCCUUACACGGAAGGCUUGGGUAUUGAAAACAUUGGCAUUGAACUCGACGAGCGCAAACGCCUGGUGAUUGACCAAGAAUAUCGCACCAAGAUCCCUCACAUCCGGGUGAUUGGCGACGUGACAUUCGGACCAAUGCUGGCGCACAAGGCGGAAGAAGAAGCCGUCGCCUGCGUCGAGUACAUUAAGAAGGGUUUCGGUCAUGUCAACUAUGGCGCCAUCCCAUCCGUCAUGUACACACACCCUGAAGUGGCGUGGGUAGGUCAGAAUGAGGCCGAGUUGAAGGCCGCCGGAGUGAAAUAUAAGAUUGGCACAUUUCCCUUCUCGGCCAACUCGCGAGCCAAGACUAACCUCGACACCGAGGGUAUGGUCAAGUUCCUCAGCGACGCAGAGACGGAUCGUAUCCUUGGUAUCCACAUUAUCGGCCCUAACGCCGGCGAGAUGAUCGCCGAAGGCACUCUGGCACUUGAGUACGGCGCCUCGAGCGAGGAUGUGGCGCGGACGUGUCAUGCUCACCCGACCCUGGCGGAGGCAUUCAAGGAGGCUGCCAUGAGCACGUACAGUAUGGCUAUUCAUUUCUAG